UGCAAACACAACACUGUCUGGAGUCGAAACCGUCGCCGCCGUACGAGAAAGAUCAAUCAGCUCAAAAGCAAAGAAACAGCGGUGAAAGGAAAACGGAAGCCAUUGAUACGAAUGGAGCUUAAACACAAGGUCAAAAUCGUUCUAGCAGUAGCGUCGUUUGCAGCGCUGACAAUCUUAUUUACAGCCAGACGGCGCAGGAAGCAAAAGAGCGUUCGUAGUUCGUGUUAUUUACGAGGUGAUGAUCAGAAGCYUCAGUACACAUUUAAGCGGGUCUUGGCUGACAAUUCUUAUUCUGUGUUCAAGCACUUGAAGCUCAAUAUGAAUACAGACAAUGAUGUAAACUCGCACCCCUACGAGUCAGAAAUACUAUCAUUGCUGGAAAAUUCUUUCCCUGAGUAUGAUUUUGUUAGUGAAAGAAAGGAUUUUACUUCAAGUGACGCUUAUGUUUGGGUUGAGACCGAGUCCCAAUUGGAAGAACUCGUGGAUGUGUUGAAUAAAGAAAUGGUGUUUGCUGUCGAUACAGAGCAGCACAGUCUCAGAUCCUUUCUCGGUUUUACUGCUUUAAUACAGAUUUCUACACGCAAGGAAGAUUAUUUGGUUGACGCUAUUGCUCUACACGAUUCAAUGAAUCUUCUACGUCCUAUCUUUGCCAAUAGUCGUAUUUGUAAGGUGUUUCACGGUGCUGAUAAUGACAUUCUUUGGCUACAAAGAGACUUCCACAUAUAUGUAGUCAAUUUAUUUGAUACUGCAAAGGCAUGUGAGCUGCUGUCAAAACCUCAGAAGUCACUGGCCUACUUACUUGAAACUUAUUGUGGGGUAGCUACAAACAAAAUGUUGCAGCGAGAAGAUUGGAGACAACGACCACUAUCAGCAGAGAUGGUGCAGUAUGCUAGGACAGACGCCCACUAUCUCCUGCAUAUUGCAAACUGUUUGCUUUCUGAGCUGAAACAGGUCAAUGAAAACUCUUCCACCGAUGAUAAAUUCAAUUUUCUUCUCGAGGCUAGUCGGCGAUCAAACAUGAUUUGUUUGCAACUCUAUGCAAAAGAGACAGAAGGUUCUCCUGGAGAGUCUGCUGCAUCAUCAAUAUCUUCCCGGCGUUUAAACAGUCAAGGUGUUAGUACAAUAAUUUCCUGUAAAACUCAGUUUCAGGAUCUUGUGAGGAGAUUGUGCGCUUGGCGGGACUUAAUGGCUCGAGUUCAUGAUGAGAGCCUGAGAUACGUGUUGUCGGAUCAGGCUAUUGUAGCACUUGCAAACAAAGUGCCAAAAAAUACAAUGGAAUUAUAUGCAACUAUUGCACAAGCUGAUUUACAUGUGGAUUUGAGUCCGAGUCUGUUUCUUCCAUCUCCCUCCCCUGUUGUUUGCAGCCAUUUGGAUGACCUUCAUUGUCUCCUCCAUGACAAGUCUGGUGACCUUGAUAAUAUAUUUUUGGUUAUUUUACAGAACUGCAUAGGUUCUGAUGGCAGUUGCCCCCUUUCUAUAUUUAACUAUGCACUAUUGGUUAAGUAUAACCUAAAAAUGAUGACAAUAUCUAAACAUAAUCAUAGAAAGAAUGCAAAGCAAAUAUCUAAAAAAGCUUCCAGAGAGCUUUUUGUGCAGAAGUUCUCCUGCAAAUCUCCAGUUUAUCAUAAUUGUAGGAUUUAUGCAAAUGAUGGACGCUUGCUUUGCUAUUGUGAUCGACGAAAACUCGAAUGGUAUGUGCGCCGAGAGUUAGCAGAGCUUGUUGAUGAUGAUCCUCCUGCCAUAAAGCUUCUUUUUGAACCCAAAGGCCGUCCAGAAGAUGAGGGCAAUGACUUCUAUAUCCAGAGUAAAAAGAAUAUAUGUGUUGGUUGUGGUGAAGGAAACCACUAUUUACGUUAUCGAAUAAUCCCCUCAUGCUACAGAAUACACUUUCCUGAGCAUUUAAAAAGUCAUCGGUCUCAUGAUAUCGUUCUACUUUGUGUGGACUGUCAUGAAAUUGCCCAUGCCGCUGCUGAGAAGCACAAGAGAGAGCUUGCUGCAGAAUUUGGAAUUCCACUUUUUGUUCGUAGAGUGGUUGAUACUAAGGAAGCCUUUAAUUUAGCUGAGCCAUCUGAUUCGGGAACCAACUUUCAGGAGGAAGGUGUGUCACCUUUAGAAUUGAGAACAGCUGCUAUGGCCCUGUUGCGGCAUGGACCACGGAUGCCAUCAAAGCGUCAAGAGGAACUCAUGCUUACUGUCAUGAGAUACUAUGGGCGGAGGGAGAUAUCUGAAGAAGAUUUGGAAAGGGCUCUGUUGGUUGGCAUGAGUCCUCAUGAGAGAAGACGACUUCAGAAGAAAAGGGGUAUAGCUUUGAAACACUCGGCACAGAGUAAUUUUCCCAAUGCUGAGCAUCAGAAUGGUGCUUGUGACAUUGACACGUCGACUGCGGUCAAUUCAUCAGUUGAUAUUAACAGUCACACAAACUCAGAUAGUGGUAGUGUGUCUGACAAAUGUCUGCCUGGUGGACAGGUUGGCUUUUCUGAUAAUGGCUCCGCUAGAACUGCUCAACCCAAAUUCAAUCCAAAAUUAUCACUCUUGGGACAUGGACCACAUGGUAAACAAGUUGUGGAUCAUCUACUGAGGGAAUAUGGUGAGGAGGGUAUCCGACAGUUUUGUCAAAGGUGGAGACAAGUGUUUGUUGCUGCUACUAAACCUCGUUUCUUACCCGCCGGUUGGGACGUCAACCACAGUGGUAGAAGGGACUUCGGUGAAUUCAGUGUAUACAAUCCUAUAAAGAAAGCUUCCCCUUCUAAUGAGUAGAAUACUUUGAAGUACUGCAGCAGUGCUCAUGUUGCAUGCACUGCUAGCAUAUCAUUUUAUGCUAGGAAUUAUCAAAUUGUAUUCGGGUUCAUUCCCACAAGGCCACAAGUAAAAUUUCUCCAUUUUCAAUUUGGCACGUUAUUUAUUUAUUUAUUUUUGUCAUUUUCAAAUGUCUCUGAUCUGAAGGAAGUUAAUUUGUCCAAUUAUGUGCAGAUCUUCUGUAUUAUAAGAUUGAGAUGGCGGCCUUGUCUUUGCCCCCAUCUCGUGAGCCUUUCAUCUCUCUUAUAAAUUAUACCUUACUGAAUUCAUGCUUGCCUUUGGACCUCUUUGACUAA